CUGCCACCUGCCACCCGCACCUCAAAGAACCAACAUCUCGGCCUGAGAUUCUCUGCAAAUCCGACUCGCAUUUUCCUCAGUGAUCAUAUCUAUUAAGUCAAAAUGGGUGGUUCUAACCGAGAAGGCGGCAAGGCCAAGCCCUUAAAGGCCCCGAAGAAGCAGAACAAAGACCUCGACGAGGACGACUUGGCUUUCCUCGAGAAGAAGAGGGCUGACGAGAAGGCGCGCAAGGAGUUGGCUGCCAAGGCCGGCGGCAGAGGCCCUCUGAACACUGGCACCCAGGGCAUUAAGAAGAGCGGCAAGAAAUAGACGAAAGGCGACGAAGCAAUAUGUUAUUGAGGAACGUUUACAUGAGCCUGCUGCGACGUUUGCGAUAAUAUGGGAAGCUACAAGCGGAUGCCUGUGGGAGAUGACUAUUCACAUGGAAGCGACUGUUGGAUCAUGGAAACGCCACAUCCGCUCUUAGGGAUAAGAUUUGUAGUUUCCGCAGGGAAUGUUACCCGGCGUUAGGAAAUAUAUACUUUUUAUACACUGAUUGGAUAUCUGCGAAGAUUUGCGCCGUUCGAGUCUAUUCUGGCGAUGCGCCGAGAAGCGCGGCGCUUUAAGGAGCGAUUCUACAAUACAGAAAGAAGUGAUGCU